AUGCCCAAGAAAUUGAGCCGCGAUUCCUACCGGGUGGGAUGGAUAUGCCCGUUGGAGGUGGAAGAAAUCGCGGCAAUAAAGAUGCUUGACGAGAAGCACCAUGGGCUUUCGCAGCUGAACGGGGAUACAAACGUUUAUAAUCUCGGCAGCAUCAACAACCAUAACGUUGUUAUCGCUGGUCUUCCUCGGGCGGGGAACUGCUCUGCGGCCACUGUUGUCACCCAAAUGAGGAUGACAUUCCCAAACCUGAAAUACAGCCUGCUAGUAGGGAUUGGGGGUGGUGUACCGGUCAAGACAGAUUCCGGGAUGAUCCGUCUAGGACAUGUGGUGGUUAGUGAACCUACAGGCAUACACUCUGGCGUAAUACAGUACGAUCAUGGAAAGGCGAAGGUGGGUUACUUUGAACGCAAAGGUUCUCUCGCACCUCCGCCAACAGCCCUUCUAAACGCUGCCCGGGAAGUGGCUAUCCGGCGCUAUCGGAUCGAUUAUGAUCCAAUUUGGAAGAAUUUGGAGAGAAUCCAAACGAGCUGUCCAAUUCAUCUCUUCAAGUUCCCUGGCGCGGCGAAUGACCAUCUCUACCCCUCAGAUUAUUUACAUGGGCAGAAAGGGAUACGAUGUGAAGAUAGUGGAUGUGACCCAAAGCAGCGUAUCAAGCGACCGACGGACGCGGAAGAUGACUCUAUUGUUAUACACCGAGGCACAAUAGCAUCCGGGGAGUCAAUGAUAGAGGAUGCUAAGAAAAGGGAUGAUCUAGCGCGGAAGUAUGGGGUACUAUGCUUCGAAACGGAGGCGGUAGGAGCCCUAAUUGAUUUCCCAUGUUUGGUUAUCCGAGGCAUCUCCGACUAUUGCGAUUCGCAUAAAAACGACCAGUGGCAGGGCUACGCGGCGGCGGUAGCAGCCGCCUAUGCCCGGCAGUUAUUCUUCCACAUGCCCAUUGAAGAGGUGCAACGAAAUCCGAACCCAACGCCUACCACUUUCGAGCUCCCAUUUAAUCUGUCUGAGAUAUCCGAAGUGACCCGGUUCAUUGCACGAGAGGAUCAGCUCAAGGAAAUACGAACGAUCCUUGACGCGGCCGUUGGACGCCGUACUGCUGUCGUGCAUGGGUUAGGUGGUAUAGGCAAGACGCAGCUGGCGAUCGCAUAUAUCAAGCGAUAUCGGUCUGAUUAUUCGGCGGCAAUAUGGCUAAAUGCACUAGAUGAAACAGCGUUGAAGCAAAGCUUUGCUCGUGCAGCUGAAUGGAUUCUACGCCAUUACCCGUCCAUUACAUACAUCGCGGGUGCUUUGGAGAACCGAGACCUAGAUGAGACGGUGAAAGCGGUCAAACGAUGGUUAGACGAGCCGAUGAACGAUCGCUGGUUGGUCGUCUAUGAUAACUAUGAUAAUCCCUUAUUGGGUAAUCAUACGGGGGAGAGCCUAAAACAUACUUCCUGUAUCGAGGCAGGUGCAUAUGGCGAUGAUGACGGAGAUCUUGCAAAGGCUUUUGAUCUUCAGACAUUCCUGCCCGAGACCGACCAUGGAGCCAUUUUGGUGACCACACGGUCAUCCAUGGUAAAGCUAGGUCAGCGUGUUCCCUUGCACAAGCUAGAGGACAUCAAUGAUAGUCUCGACGUCCUGGCUUCCGCUUCUGGCCGUGAAGAUUUAAAACAAGAACCCGCCGCUACUGAUCUUGCAAGGCAACUCGAUGGACUUCCUCUAGCCCUCGCAACUGCUGGCGCAUACUUGGAGCAAGUUUCGAUAAGCUGUACCGAGUACCUGCAGCUGUACCGUGGAUCAUGGCAGCUAUUACACGAAGCGACACCGCAGCUCCCGGCAUACCACCAGACUUUAUACUCAACAUGGAAUCUCUCAUAUAGAUACAUUCAGCGGCAGAGUCCAACUGCAGCUAUGCUUCUCCGACAAUGGGCCUACUUUGCUAGCGAAGACUUGUGGUAUGAGCUGCUGGCAGAUAGCGGCCCGGAAAAGCCGGAAUGGCUAGGAGCCCUAACAGAGAACAAGCUCACAUUUCAUGCAAGCUUAAGACUUCUGUGCAGCUACGGGCUCGUAGAAGCUGAUCCGACUACCAUAUUACACCGUGUUGAGUCACGGGGGUAUAGUGUACACGGAUGUGUUCAUUCGUGGAUGAUUCAUGUGUUGAACCAGGGGCUUGACAAGAAGAUGGCCUGGACAGCAGUGGAAUGUAUAGCGGCGCAUGUGCCGGGGGAAGACAAACCCGAGUUCUGGCUCAUGCAUCGGCGGCUUAUUGCACAUGCAGACAGAUCUCUGGAGACACUAAGAAAUAUAGAAGUUGAAGAUGAGGCUGCCGGGGUACUGCAUUCUUUGGGUCGCCUCUACGGGAAUCAAGGCCGGCUAAAGGAGGCAGAGGCGAUGUUCGAACGAGCAAGGGAAGGCAAAGAGAAGGUAUUAGGACAAGAACAUACAUCGACACUGGAUACUAUCAACAACCUCGGUCUCAUCUACACAGAUCAAGGCCGCCUAAAGGAGGCAGAGGCGAUAUACAAACGAGCAUUAGAAGGCAAGGAGAAGGCGUGGGGGCGAGACCACACAUCGACGCUAUCUACCGUUCACAACCUCGGCAACCUCUAUAGGAAUCAAGGCCGGCUCCAAGAGGCAGAGGUGACGUAUGAACGAGCACUAAAAGGCUACGAAAAGGCGUUGGGACGAGAACACACAUCGACGCUGGACACCGUCAAUAACCUUGGUCUUCUCUACGUAGAUCAAGGCCGCCUGCAAGCAGCAGAGGCGAUGUACGAACGAGCACUGGAAGGCAAGGAGAAGGUGUGGGGACGAGACCAUAUAUCAACGUUAUCUACCGUCAACAAUCUCGGCAACCUCUAUAAGAGCCAAGGCCGGCUCCAAGAGGCAGAGGCGAUGUACGAACAAGCACUGGAGGGCAAGGAGAAGGUGUGGGGACGAGACCAUAUAUCAACGUUAUCUACCGUCAACAACCUCGGUAGCCUCUAUAAUAAACAAGGCCAGCGGGAAGAGGCAGAGGCGAUGUACCAACGCGCACUGGAAGGCAUGGAGAAGGCAUGGGGACGAGAACAUAUAUCGACGCUUGAUACGGUCAAUAACCUCGGUCUUCUCUACACAGAUCAAGGCCGGCUCCAAGAGGCAGAGUUGAUGUUACGACGAGCACUGAAAGGCUACGAGAAGGUGUUGGGAGCAGAACAUAUAUCGACGCUCAACACUGUUAAUAACCUCGGCAACCUCUACGCGAACCAAGGCUGGCCCCAAGAUGCAGAGGCAGAGGCGAUGUACGAACGAGCAUUGGAAGGCUACGAGAAGGCGUUGGGUCGAGAACAUAUAUCAACACUAGAUACGGUCAACAACCUCGGCCUACUCUACACGGAUCAAGGCCGGCUCCAAGAGGCGGAACCUAUGUAUAAACGAGCAUUGGAAGGCAAGGAGAAGGUCUGGGGACGAGAACACACAUCGACGUUAUCUACCGUCAACAGCCUGGGCAACCUCUAUAAGAAUCAAGGCCGGCUCCAAGAGGCAGAGGCCAUGUACCAACGAGUGCUGAAAGGCUACGAGAAGACUUUAGGGCCGACCUCACUUUUGACCUACAUUCCUGCCUUGAAUAUGCUUGAAAAUUUUGCCCUUCUAUGUGAGGAGCAGGGAAAUGUUGUUAGCGCUCUGAUAUAUUAUCGGCAGGCGCUGGAUGGCGCAGAGACCGUUUUUGGAGGCCAAAGCCAAAGAGACAAGAGUCCAUUCGAACUGGAACAACAAAGCUGGAGACCAAAUGGAGGAAAUUGA